GAUAAACUGUAAAUGAUAUCCAUCAGGGCGCCAAGGGUAUUCUGGUCAAGAAAGCUGUUCUCCACAAGGGCUGUUUCGUUUUCAAAUGUCAAGAUCGAACCCGUGACCCAGUUAAAGCCGCGCCAGUUUCCCCAAUAUGCCCAGAACCCGCACUCCUUUUUCAGAAACCUCGUCUGGCAAGCACCCCCUUCGAAUAUUUUGGUGGUCAAAAAACCGCGCAAGGAGGAUGUGACACUUGCCACGGCUCAGUUUAUCUCACAUAUCCACUCAUCCUAUCCUAACUGCACGGUGAUAGUUACUGAGGAAGUUGCUAGGGAGUUCAACGAAAAUCCCCAAGUAUUCAAUAAGUCUGGCGAAAACGUCAAGCAUGUUCUUUACACGGGAAAAAACGAAGAAAUCGUCAGCAAGACCGACAUGAUUGUUUCAUUUGGAGGAGAUGGAACUAUAUUAAGAGGGGUCUCUCUUUUCUCAAACACUCAAGUACCACCGAUAUUGUCUUUUAGCUUGGGCACUUUGGGAUUCUUGCUUCCCUUCGAUUUCAAAGAUUUUAAGGACGCUUUCAAACAAGUAUUUGAAAGCAGAGCUUUGAUGCUGCGCAGAGAGAGAUUGGAAUGCCACAUUGUUAAGAAGAGUACAAUUACAGACACGAAUCCAAAAUCGAUGUACAAAAGCGGCUCGGACGAACUAUCUCAGGUGCACGCCAUGAACGACAUAGUGCUCCAUCGCGGGUCGCUGCCAAGCUUGAUCAACCUGGAUGUUUAUGUGAACGGCCAUUUCCUCACAACAACCACCGCAGAUGGUUUGAUUUUUGCCACGCCUACAGGAUCAACCGCAUAUUCGCUUUCUGCUGGUGGGUCUAUGGUCCACCCGGUGGUUCCAUGUAUCCUGCUCACUCCCGUGUGUCCCAGGUCUCUUUCUUUCAGGCCCUUGAUUCUCCCUUCUAUUUCGCACAUUAAGGUAGUCGUCAGGAGCAAAGGUUUGAGCGGACAUGAUUGCUCCGCAAAGUUGUCAAUCGAUGGGAUACCUCAGUUGAAACUCAGCGCAGACGACGAAAUACACGUUAUUUCAGAGUCGGGAUCCUUACUGGACCCCUCGUGGAACCUCCCAGCCUCCAUAUCGCUGAAGAAAAAGACCACAACUGAUGAAGCCAAAACAGGUCUUUGGUGUGUCGCGCGUACUAAAGGUGACUGGGUGACAGGCAUUAACAAUUUGCUGGGAUUCAAUUCCGGCUUCAAAAGCAUAAACGACGCUCAUCCAUAAUGAUUCUAGUUAUUUUCUUUCAGAUGGUUGCCGUUUCCGUUGGAAGCAGGCGUUACAGUAGCUUCGUUGGACUCUUCGUUGUGUUCGUUCUUUUCGUCGCGUUCUAGCUCCCGCACCAUAUCCUCUGCAACCUCAUUGUAGUAACUAGCGGGUAUGAUCGAAGGAGUUGGCUUCUUGUCGGCCUCGUUGUAGUCAAUUGAGUCUUUAGCUCUAACUGCAUCCUCGUCCUUAUCAUAGAACUCGUUUUCGGGAACGAUUCGCUCGUCGCGCGCUUUUUGAGAGCCGCCUCUGGUGUCGAUGGCCUCCUUAGUGUCCUCCUCAGGAUCGUCGUCAAAGUCCACAAGGUCUGGUGGAACCUCUUGCAUUUGAACCGAAGGAGCGUGCUUUGUGUUUUCGAGAUUGGCAAAAACUUGAGUCAGGAUUCUGUUCAGAUACUCUGGAGAGUUGGCAUUGUGCAUGUUGGACGGUCUCACGUCCAGCUUAUAAUCAGGUCCGAAAUACUCGUAGUAGUCGUUGAAGGGCAACUCGGGGUCCAACAAUGUCUCGUUUAGCAAACCGGUUUCGAAAGCCCAUGUUCUCGCCACAUUUCUCAUCGUGUAUCCACCGCCACCAACAACCAUCGUCGGCACGUUGAACGACUUGACAAAGUUCACGCAGUUGGCAUGUCCGCGCAUAGAAAGAUUAAAACAACCAAGCUUGUCUCCGGAAAGCGAGUCUCCACCACACUGGAGAACAACAGCAGAAGGCUGAUACCAGUCCAUGAUUCUCUGGAUGACGGGCUCGAAAAUAGACUUGUAGGUGGCAUCGUCAAUGCCGUCUCUUAAAGGAAUGUUUACAGCGUGGUAUUUUCCCUUGCCCACACCAAUAUCUCUGAGCUCACCGGUACCCGGGAAAAAUUCUCCAUAUUUGUGAAACGAGCAUGUCAUAACACGAUCCGUAGUGUAAAAAGCUUCCUCAACGCCGUCACCAUGAUGCACAUCGAUAUCAAUAUACAGCACACGCGGAUGGUAUCUGAGCAGCUCAAUGAUGCCCAGUACAAUGUCGUUCACGUAACAGAAACCCGAAGCCUCGGAUUUCUUGGCGUGGUGCAAACCUCCAGCAUAGUUGAUGGCAAUGUCACACUUUCCUCUAUUUAAUCUAGCGGCUCCCUCCAUCGAGCCUCCUCCAGAAAUACCACAGUACUCAAAAAGCCCGUCGAAGACAGGACAGUCGUCUCCCACGUUGAACUUGGCUUGUUCUUUGGUGAACAUUUCUAGGUUGUCUGGAGUGGCUCUGGCGAGGAAGUCAAUGUAUUCGUCGGUGUGAAAUUGACACAUCUCCUGCUUAGUGGCCGGUUUGGCCCGGUAGAUCUCCAUCUUUUUAUACAGUCCGUAGUUCAUGAUCAGUGAGUGCGCCAUCCUUAUUCUGUGUGGCUUCAUUGGGUGUCCAGCACCGUAGGCGUAGUUGCCCACGUCGGAGUCAUAAAAGUAUGCAACCCGCUUCUUGCUGCUUGUGCCCACUUUCAGCUCGUCAAAAGGUUUUAGCUCGAAGA